AUGAAUUAUUUCUUCCGGGUUGGGAACAGCUGCUUGGAAAUUUCCUUCAACGACCACACCCUCUACAUCAUCAUGUGCUUCUAUUACCUGGUGGUGAUCGUUGCUUCAUUCUCCAUUUCGGCCAUCAUCUAUUGCAUCGCCCAGACGACGACUAGGAUGGAGCAUCGGGCACGAACCGGCCGCGCCAGUAUCUAUCCCGCCAAACCGGAUCAGAAGCUCUUCCAACGACUCUUCUUCCUGUUCUCGUCAACAUUGUGGACGUUCAUCACCUGCGUCCCGUUCAGGGUGCUCUUUUUGGUGAAUAUGAUGUUCGGCGUCCGGAGCGAGUGGCAGCGACUUCUGACUGACGUGUCGUUCAAACUCCUCGUCACGCAUCUAUCG